AUUCUUAUUCUAGUGCAAAUCAUCCUUAUCCGUCUUACUCAAGUCAAGAGUCUGGCAACCAACUAUACUGUCCAGUCGAAUAUGUCUUCGCAAGUGGGGGUCCUUAUCAUUAUUCACUAGUUGCAAAUAAUAUGGAAAAUCACGGAUUUUACCAUGGAUCUUCGAAUCAUGGUCAUACAAAUGAGGGUUCUUGUCCGGUGAACGCAUUUGAACAUCCAUUCGGCCACCCGGACCAUCGACCAAGACGUCAUCGACUUGGUUUUGGUAAUCGUCUACGUAGAAACUCAAAUAAAAAGGAAAAACCUUUUGAAAUUCUGGUAUUUGAAUUGGAUUAUAAAAAUUUCGAUCAAAGUCCUAAAAUAAGUACUGAAACCGCCAAAUAUUACUUUUCCAAGGAACUUAACAUACACCAGGAGUGUCCUAUAGAGUCAAUAGACCAAUUAAAUAAAAUCUAUAAGAGAAAAUUAUCAAGAAAGAAUGGGAAAACCAAAUUAUUUAUUUCUCUACACGGAGUGGCUGAUGCACAAGAGUUUUUCUAUGGAGUCAAACCGAAUUUUCUAAUUGAAGGUAUUGGAAUGAAACAAAUGCUACGAUUUGACGUUUAUUUCAAUAGGAAACUAGUUUAUAAGAUAAUUGAACUGAAUAUUAAAUCAUUCUUGAAAAGGUUCCGUCGUGGGUUUAAACUCAUCACAUCAAACGAAAAAUACCAAACGGAAGCAAAUUGGGAAAGCUCAUUCAAUAUCUGGGAUAAGUUGAAUAAAGUCCCAAACUUGAACCUGAUCCUCAAUUUUGAUCUAGGCCAUAUAAGAUUCAUCAACGAAAAAUCCUUCUUUGAUCUAUUGGCCAAUCUAAUUGAUAUUAACGAUUUAGAAGAAUUAAGUCAAGAUGAAAUUCUUUAUAUACUGUCUCCUACAUUUGUUUUCCUUGGUGAAAAAUACGGUCAUGAUUCCUUAACUUAUAAAUUUGUUAAAAGAAUCAUUGGGGAUUAUAUCGUUUACUUAUCCCAUAAUUACGAUACUACAGUAAUACUUUAUCCUGCAAUGAAUCCAAAAGACAAAGAGGACGAAAAAAUUCAACCAUUUCCCAAUGACGACAAUGCUAACAGAAGAUCGUUGAUUGAACAUAUCCCCCAAUCAAGCUCUUAUGUCAGUUGCUUUAUCAAUGAAGAAAUUUGUAAGUUUAAAACUUCAAAUUGUAAUAGCAAAGGUAUUUGUGUUGAAACCACCUCUGGGUGUUGGCAAUGUCUUUGCUCUUCGGUUUUCAAUGAAGAAACUUCCAUCACUACAAGCUGGUCUGGCUUUGACUGCAGCACCGAAGAACAAUCCCUGGAUAGGAAUGCAUUUUCGUGGUCGUCACUAGGUUAUAUAAUUAGAAUACUUGGGGGGAUCAAGUUUUUAAUUGAUAUCAGUGGUGAGUCCAUAUUCUACUGAACCUCCUUAUGAUCUCUACGUGUUUAAUGAACGUAAAACGAACAGAUUCGUAAAUAAAGUGUAAGUAUAGUUAAUAAAUGUAUUGUACGAUAA